CCUCUCUCUCUCUCUCUCUCUCAACAUUCGAAACCCUGUGGCUAUUUACAAAUUCGGGAGAGUACGUGAAUCGUGAUCAGCCACGGUCGGGUCAAGAAUAAUGGGGAGUCAAGUUGACAGCAAGUUCACUUGGGUGAUUAAGAACUUAGCCCCUUUUGGAUCGGAGAUAAUUUGUUCUGACUCAUUCGUAAUUAGUGGCUGCAAAUGGCGUCUUAUUGCCUAUCCCAAAAGAAAAUGGCUUAACUACUUGACUUUGGAAGUUGCUGAUUGUGAAUCUUUUCCUAUUGGAUGGAGAAGGCUAGCAAAUUUUUCCGUGACUAUAGUAAAUAAGGCUCUUGAACAAAUCUACCGACGACAAGUAACACAACAGUGGUUUGAUCACAAGACUCCCAGGUUGAGUUUUCCACUCAUGAAAACCACCCUUGGGUUUCUGGUGGAUGAAGAAGUCAAAAUUGUUGCUGAGAUAGAUGUUGUUGAAGUUAUCAUUAAUGGAUUCCAAGUUCUUCCUUCACAGGUCAAAUCUGUCAACCGUUUGUUUAAGAGAGAGCCAGACAUUGCAUCAAAGUUUCCUAUAAACAACCCACUUCUGAAGACAGCAUACAUGAAUGUCCUACUCAGCUUGACUAAGACUUUGCACCUGUCACCUCAGAAAAUCUCCAACGGUGAUCUGUCUGAUACAGAAACUACUCUUGCACACAUGAAAACUAUAGGGUUUAAGUUGGAACUGUUGGAGAAAAAAAUUUGUGAGAUAAAAGAAAAGAAGGCAAAAGAGAAAGCUGGUAAGAUUAAGAUCCAAAAUACUGAGGAAAAGUUGAAGGAUUUGAAGCAGAAGUGCUUAGACCUUGAAGCUCAGCUGGACACUGAGAAGGCAGAGGUUUUGGCUGCAAGUGCUCCUCUCUUGUUGUCUGAUGAUGAAGAUGUUUUCUGAUGGAUUGAGUUCUUAGUUACUUGAGUUUAGGUUCUUCUAAUGCUAGGGUGUUUUGGUAACUAAAUGGUUUGUAGU